AUGACUUUCUUUUUUCCACAGGCCAUUCAAUUCAAUGACGUGAAAGGGAGUGCACUGAGUGGACUGAAGGUGACAAACAGUCCUCAAUUUCGUGUCACAUUGACAAACUGUGAUAGUGUCCAGAUCGUGGGUAUUACAAUUCAGGCACCAGAAAGCAGCCCAAACACUGAUGGAAUUGAUAUGUUCCAAUCCACAAACAUAGUCAUAAAAGAUUCCACUAUUGGAACAGCGAAGUUUAGGGUUUCGAGGGUCAUGCAAUCGAACAGGUCGUGGGGUGAUGAAGCAGUGGCAGAUCCACUUCCCCCAAAGGAUCCAUUUGGUAAGAAUGAUGGUCAUGUCCCUCAAUGGGUUUUUCGAGGUGGCAAACGGGUGGAUACUAUGAUUUCUGCUAAUCUUCCUCAUGCAGGUGCGACUGAUGGUUUUGGGGAUUUUUCAUGGGGUAAACAAUCUCAGCGAGAUUUUCCUUCCUCUGCUUAUUUUCAGAGGUUCUUUCGUCGGCAGGGGAAUCGGGGCCACAACUUGAGGCUAAAGGAUCAGGGUGGUCGGUGA